AUGACGUCAUCCCUGUCGUCACGCUCGCCGCCACUGGCGUGUCUCGUCCCGUUCUGCGCCCUCCUGCUCCUUGCGACGCUGCUGUCGCCGUUUUCCGUUGCCGCCGCCGCACAUGGCGGUUCGGGUCGUCGCGUUCUGCAGGAGCCGGCCGCGUCGGACGAAAUCAUGUCGGCCGAGACGAGCGCGCUGCUGGCGCUACAGCAAGCCCUGGGGGACCACCCCGCCUUCUCCCUGGCGGGGAGGUGGUCGGACGGCCCCUCGCCCAACCGCCAGGGUCAGCUGUCGCAGCCCUGCGCUGACACAUGGCAGUUUGUGACGUGCGACUCCUCGGGCCGCAUCAUUGCCAUCGACAUGGCCAACCCCUUUUUAGCCUCCCUCAACGCCUCAUGGGCCAGGGGAGCCACAGCAGCGGCUGUAGCGCAGCAGCUGACUGCCCGGGGCGCCAGUCAGCAGGCUGUGGCGGCGGCUGUAGCAGCGGGGGUUGUGGGGCCGCUGAGGGGGGAGAUCCCGUGGGGGAAAAUGACAGCGCUGCAGCGAUUGGAGCGGAUUGACUUGAGUGGCAAUGAGGUGGCUGCCCUCACCCCACCACAUCCCCCUCUGCUGCUCGCCCUCUCCAACCCUCUUAACUCCGCUCCACCUCUCUCCAUCUCCCACUCCCCCUUUUCGAUCACAACAAUCUCACCGUCAAGCACCCCCCCUUCCCCCACCCGCUCUGGUUCCCCUCCCCCCUCUCAACUCAACCCCCGCCCUUCUUCACCCUCCCUCACGAACGCACGCAGGAACCUGACGUUCAACCGCAUUGACUCCCUGCCCACAGAUGUCACAGCCAUGACUGCCCUUGAGACCCUCCAUCUGGACAUGAAUCGCAUCACUGGUUCCCUCCCCUCGGGCCUUUCUGCUCUUUCUCGCCUCUCCGCACUCGUUCUCGGGCAGAACCAAAUUGUUGGCCAGCUGCCCGAAGAAAUUGGCGCGCUCACCGACCUUGUGACCCUCGACCUGGGUGAUAACCACUUUGAAGGCCAACCCCCUGAUUCGUGGAGGCAGCUCACCAGCCUCCAAGUGCUCUCCCUCUACCGCUUGCCCCUAACCGCCACCUUCCCGCCCUCGUGGUCCGCGCUCUCAUCACUUACCUUCUUCUCCUUCUCUUCUGCUGCUGCCUCGGGCCCCUUCCCCGCCUUCCUCACUCAACUCCCCAACAUCCAACACAUCUAUCUGCACUCCAACCGCCUCUCCGGUCCGCUGCCUGAUGACCUCUGGCGGCCCUCCAUGCUCACUGACGUUGACAUUUCAAACAAUUUCUUCAACGGCUCUGUGCCGCUGCCUCCUCCUGAACGCCAGGCUGACUUCAGGUACUUCUUCAACUGCUUCACCUCCGCAACCUCCCCAUCAGAGAUGCCUGCUGCAGCUGACGGCCAGUUGGAUGCUGCCACGUGUGCUCAGUUCUACUCGCCCCCUCCGGAAUUUGCUGCUGCUGCUGCCGCUGCUGCUGCCACCAAGCAGCCCCCUCCUUCCGAUUCCACAUGGGGGUCCUCCUUCUUCACCGUCUGUCUGCUCAUCGCCCUCGCCAUCGUGCUCAUGACCGUCUCCUUCACCUGCUGCCGCCUCGUGCAGCAGCGUCGGCAGCAGCAGAGAGAGUUGCAGCAGCAGCAGCAGCAAGAGCAUAUGCGUGUGGAUGCAGAUACAGAGGCUGCUGCAGAGGCACACAGUGGUAACGCGGCGAUUCUGUCGCCCAACAAGGAUUCCAACCAGCCAUUCCUGGCAGGCGUUGCCCUCUCCAGCUCCAGCGCUUAG